GUCAGCGCGCUGCCUCCAAACAGCCGGGGAAUGUUUGUUUCUCCUGAAGCUGCAGAGUGACAUGUUGGAUAACUGCAGCUCUCCUGCCUCCUGGAACACUGUGUGGAGAGCAGAAAGACGUGUUCACUUUUACUGAAACACAUUCAAGAGAAGGAGAAGUUUGAUCAGAUAAAGUUUGAGAUAUCAUGGCGAAGAGGAAAGAGUCCGAGGUGAAGACAGAGGCCAUUACAAAGAAGCUGAAGCAGGUGGUGAAGGCAAAGAGCAGCGGGGCCAAGGCAGGAGCCAAGAAGGAACAUGCAGGUAAUGACAUCAUGGAGAAAGAGGAGGAGCUCAAGAGGAAGGUCAAACCCAAACCACGUGCUUCUGCAAAAAAAGCUGCAGGGAACAGCUCCUCCACCAAAACCUCAACCACUACUGCCAAAACCAGCAAGUACUUCCAGUCCCCGGUGAAGGAGGAGGACACUGACAGCAAUGACUUUGACAUGGUGACAUCAGCAGCACCUAAAUUUAAACUCGUGAACGCCAAGAAGAUAGAGGAAGUAGUAAAAAAUGAGGAGGAGGAGGACGAUGACGACCACGAUGACGACAGUGAGGAUGAGGAUGAUUGGGAGGAAGUUGAAGAGCUCGAUGGGCCGCUGGGUUCAUUUGAACCUCCAGAACCCGUGCUGCCCUCUGAGCCAGUCCAGAUCGAGAUCGAGACUCCUGAAGUCAGGAAAAAGCAAAAGAGGCAGGCAGAGUUUGAGAAUUAUCUGAAGCGGAUGGUGAACCGGUUCAAGAAGGACCAGCUCAUCGACACACACAAGGUCCACCUCAUGUGUCUGAUAGCCAGCGGGAUGUUCCGCAGCCGCCUGUGCAGUGAACCGGACCUGCUCGCCAUAACUCUGUCUUUACUGCCCUCUCACUACGCCAUGGUCCCCAAAGGACGCAUAGACCAGAACUACCUCUCUGGACUGCUCAAGUGGUUUAGAGCAACUUUCACCCUCAACCCCAGUCUCUCCUGUGAGGAGCGUCCAGACCCCUGGGCCCUGUUGGGGAGGCGGCUUGCCAGCCUGUCAGUGAAAAACCACCAGGAGAUGACUCAUCUGUUCCUGUUGGUCCUGAGGUCUCUGCAGCUCUUCUGUCGACUGGUUCUUUCUCUGCAGCCCAUUCCUCUCAAAGCCCCGCCAGCCAAGGGCAAAGAGGCUAAAACAAAUGCUAGUGCUACAGGAAAAAGCAAAAAGGCUGCAGGCAAGGAAACCUCCAAGACCAGCCCCCCUGAGCCAAAGGUAUCCACAGGCUCCAAAAGACCAGCAGGAGGGGACAAAACCAAAGGAGGCGGAGGAGGGAAGAAAGUGAAGAUGGAAAAGGUUAAGAAGGAUGAUGAAGAAGAUGAGAAGGUUACAAUGUCAGGGGGUCAGAGGCCGAAGAAUUCACAACGCCGCAGCAUCGCAUCAAAAGUCAGCUACAAAGAGGAAAGCCACAGUGAAGGAGAGAAAGAGGAGGACAGGCCCAGCGAGGAGGAAUUUCAAAUGUCAAGUGAGGAGGACAGUGCAGACUCAGAGAGCGGGGCCAAAUCUACAAAAAGGAAGAACGGGAAGAGGAAAGUGUCCAACAGCAGGAGUGCUCCAGCGCAGAAGAAAAGGAGCAGUGGGGGGAAAAGACAGGAAGAGGAGGAGGAGGAGGAUGAAGAAGAAGGAGAAGGAACAAAAAACAACACAACAAAUCGGAGGAGUGGGAAAAAGAAUAAUGGACCUGGAGCAGAUGAGUGGUUGGAGGUUUAUCUGGAAAAAACCUCCUCCUGGGUUUGUGUGGAUGUGGAGCGCGGAGUCAACGCGCCUCAACUCUGCUCCAAGCACGCCACAGCGCCCGUUACGUACGUCGUGUCGGUGGACGGAGACGGGUUUCUGAAGGACCUGGGCAGGAAGUACGACCCCACCUGGAUGACGUCAUCCAGGAAGAGGCGCGUGGAUGAGGAGUGGUGGGAGGAGACACUGGGACCGUUCAUGGGGCCCGAGGACGAGAGGGACAGAAAGGAGGAGAAGGAGCUCCAGAACAAGCUGCAGAACAAACCUCUGCCCAUCUCAGUCGGGGAGUACAAGAACCACCCGCUGUACGCCUUAAAGAGACACCUGCUGAAGUACGAAGCCAUCUACCCUUCAACCGCUGCUACACUGGGAUACUGCCGGGGAGAGGCCGUGUACUCCAGGGAUUGUGUGCACACCCUCCACUCCAGAGACACCUGGCUGAAGGAGGCACGAACAGUCAGACUAGGAGAGGAGCCAUACAAGAUGGUGAGGGGCUUCUCCAAUCGCUCCCGUAAGGCCAGGAUGGUGUCUGAAGCCAAGGAGGAGAACGACCUGGCUCUGUUUGGAGAAUGGCAGACUGAAGAGUACCAGCCGCCUUUAGCUGUGGACGGGAAGGUUCCCCGGAACGACUUCGGUAACGUCUACCUGUUCAAGCCCUGUAUGUUACCCGUGGGCUGUGUUCACCUGAGGCUGUCCAACCUGAACCGUGUGGCCAGGAAGCUGGACAUGGAUGCCGCCCCUGCAGUCACGGGCUUCGACUUCCACGGAGGAUACUCGCACGCUGUGACUGAUGGUUACAUCGUGUGUGAGGAGCAUGAGGAGAUUCUCAGAGCGGCCUGGGUCGAAGAACAAGAACUUCAGAGACAGAAGGAAAAAGAGAAGAGAGAAAAGAGGGUGCUGUCUAACUGGACUCUGAUAGUGAAGGGGCUCCUGAUCAGAGAGAAGCUCAAGCAGCGCUACGGCAAAAAGAACCAGGGACUGGCCGGCCUCACUGAGGGAGAGGAGACCGGCGGGCUCUCCUCUGAUGAGGAGGCUGUCGGCGGAGACGGGAGUCCUGGAGCUAAGACUGCAUCUGAAACUCUGGCCAUGUCGUGGCCCCAGAAUAGACAAGCGGAAGAGGAGAGUGGGAGCAUCAGCGGACUGAAGAGGACGUCGAAGAGAGAAAAGAAAGGACAAGAGAAACACAUGUUCCCCUUUGAGAAAGUGUGACAUCAGAAAUCUUGAAACUCACACUCCGACUAUGUUAAACGAACACAUAUCUGUCUGCUGAUGUUUACUUUGACAUGUUUAUAUAAACCUGAGAGGAGGAUCAAGUGUCCGAUUCAACUGUUGGACCUUUUGCUAUAACAGCCCGUGACCCCCAAAAUAUAAAUGCCAAAGACUUGUGACCCCCACUGUCCCUCAAAGGGAUUAAAUGUUGCUUCAUACUUCAAAAUGAGUUUACCUAUAUGCACAGGUAAGUGUUUCCUGUGCUGCUGUGAAAUAACCUGCUGCUACUGAUGCUUUUGUUAAUGAACUGUCAGCUAACCCUGACCCUGACUUUAGGAGUCAUCUGCAACAAAGAAAGGCAGAAAGUUAAUGAAAUGUGCUUAUAUGCAGGGUUUUAUUUCAAAUGUAAUCACUAUUUUUGUCUAUAUUUUUAAAAUAAUGGGUAAAAUAAGCAAAUUUAAAAUACUUUAAGAAAAAAAAAAAAGAAAUUUGGAAGACAUCUCGCGACCCCUGGUGUCUCGUGACCCCUCAGGGGUCCUGACCCACACCUUGGGAACCCCUGCAUUAAGGGAAACCCCUUUAAGUGCUUCAUGUCACUGUUUAGCUUUAUUGUCCAAAAGCUGCAAAAUCUGAACUUAUGUGGACUCUAAAGCCAAACCUUAAGUUGUCUUACAUAAUGAUGUGUUUGUUUUGUCAGGACUUAAAAAAUCAUCAGAUAUAAUCCAAAAACUAGUUCAACCUUUUACCAACAAGAAGUUGUUUCCUGUAAAACUGAAAAUUGACCCCAUAACAGCAGAUGAACAAAAAAGUAGCAGAUAGAAAAAAGCUGGGAGAUGUUGAUUUUGUGACUUUUUUUAUGCACAUUUUCAGAACAUAAUGAAAGCCCUCUCUGUUUAAAGCUCAUUUAAAGGUUUUUUUUCAUUAUAAAAUAGACUGAUUUGAAAAAAAAUAGAUUUGGAAGACAUCUUGUGACACCCCAUUGGUGUCUUGUGACCUCUCAGGGGGUCCCAACUCACACUUUGGGAACCCCUGUUAUAGCACAGGGGUCCCCAAAGUCUGGGUUGCUAGUUAAUGUCUUCCAGAAUUUAUUUUUUUUCUUCAAGUAAUCAAUAUUUUCAUAUCUCACCCAUUCAUGUAAAAAUGAAUUUUCUGCCUUUCUUUGUUGUCAGAUGACUCCUAAGGUUAGAGUUAGUUACAAAGCAUCAGUAGCAGCAGGUUCGGUCAUAACAGCACAGGAAACACAAACACAUGUGCAUGUAGGUCAGCUAAUUUUCUGCAAACCAGAUAAAUGAAGUAUGAAGCUACAUUAAAUCACUUUGUGGAACAGUGGGGGGUCGCGAGUCUUUGGCACCUUUAUUUUGGGGGUCGCGGGCUGAAAAGUUUGGGAACCCCUGUGCUACAAGGCUAAACGCAAGACUGAAGGUCAGCAUACAGGACAAUGAAAGAGAAGAAUCUGUUUCUUCCAGUGUUGAUAACUCAUGCAUUUAACCUGACUGUUUCCCCAUCACUUUAUAUAUUAGCAUUAGCUCCUUUGCCAAAUGGUUUGCUCUUUUGCAAAACAGUGUAAUCAUGUAUUCUUGGAGAGAACAAAGGAUUGUGAGAGCAGGGAAGUGUCCUUAUCGUUUCAUAUGUGUUUUAAACAUGGCAUUAAGAAUCUGAGCCCUUCAGUUGGGAGGCUGCAGAACUUCACAGCAUUGUUUCCAUCUCACUUCAACACACGACACUUUCUAGUGCAGCAUGUGUAAGCUUGUAUUCAAAAGGAUAAAUAAACGGCACAGACUGAUCAACAUUUAGUUUAGCUUCAGGUUGCUGGAUUUGAUUAGAGAUGGACAAACUAGAAGCUGCAAAAUAGUGUGUUGUAAGCAGCCUCUCUACCUGCUACAGUUUAAUGUCAUCACGCUCUAAAGAGGUGUGUCCAGAAUCAUCGUCUACAAGUGGAGCACAGUGACUGAUAUGAGGUCCAGUUGUUGACAUAAUGAAAACAGACACUUGUUUUGUUCAGUGAAAGCUUUUGUGAUUGGACAGAGAAUCAUGAGUGGACCUUCACUUGAGCUUUAAAUAUGAAAGCCACUAAAACUACUUUCUGUACUAACUCUCAUUCUGUCUGGAUUUUCAAAAACACUGUACCUCUCUCUUUCUCUCUUUCCUUGUUAGGCUGUGAGCUCCCUGGAGGUUAAUGUGUUUCUGUGUUUCAAGUUCAGCCUCUUCAUCUCACACUCAUCCCCUUGCGUCACUCUUUCACACUUUGUGUCCCUAUUGGCGCCCACACUGCACAUGAUGACUGUGUUUAAAAUAGUAAACAGUUUUUGUACGGAGAGUAUUUUUAUACGAAAUGUUCAAAAAUCAUUUAAAGCAAAGUGGGCAGAAUAAAUGUUGUUAUUCACUCUUUAA